AUGACUAUCAAGCGUAUUCUCAUAAUCGUGGGUGAUUUCGUUGAAGAUUACGAAAUCAUGGUACCAUUUCAGAUUUUACUUAUGGUUGGCCAUAAGGUUGACGUAGUUUCUCCCGGUAAAAAGGCAGGUGAGAAGGUUGCCACUGCAAUUCAUGAUUUUGAAGGCCACCAGACUUAUACAGAGAAGCCUGGCCAUAAUUUUACUCUCAACGGCACAUAUUCUGAUGUUAAAGCAGAUGAUUAUGAUGCGCUAGUCAUUCCGGGCGGACGGGCUCCGGAACAUCUCGGAAAUAACGAAAGCGUCCUCGACCUGGUCCGUACUUUCGUAAGCGCCAACAAACCGAUUGCUGCCAUCUGUCAUGGCCCUCAGCUUCUAGCGGCGGCCAAUGUUCUUUCUGGCAGGAAGGUAUCUGCAUAUCCGGCCUGCCGCGCCGAAAUGACGCUAGCAGGCGCAGAGUAUCAAGCCAUUUCAAUUGAUGGUGCCGUAACUGACGGCAAGUUGGUGACAGCCCCAGCUUGGCCAGCUCAUCCAGCUUGGAUGAGGCAGUUCCUCGCGGUUUUGGGUUCAAAGGUUGAAGCAUGA